AUGGCGCCCAGCUCCCCGUCCUCCGCCGCCACGCCGGCGCGCGCCUCCUCCCGCAAGCGGAAGGCCACCCCCAAGACCGUCGCCGACCCCGAGCCCGACCUCGACCAGGACGCGGCGGCGGCGAAACCGCCCAAGAAGGCGGCCAAGGCGCCCAGGAAGAAGGAGGCGGCGACGGCCGCGGCGGAGAAGCCGGCGGAAGACGAGGUCUGCGGCGAGGAGCCGGACGAAGAGGAGCUGGCGCUGGGGGAGGACGACGAGCUGGCCACCGCAGCAGAUCACGACGGCGCGCAGCCGGAGGCGGCGGCGAAGAAGCGCGUCGCCAAGCCGACCAAGGCCAGGAAGGUCGCCGGCGCCGGCGGCGACAAGGACCCGGAGUUCGUCGGGGAGCCCUUCCCCGCCGACGAGGCGCGCACCAAGUGGCCCAAGCGCUACCAGCGCGCCGCGCCCGCCAGGCCGGAUGAGGACGAGGAGGUCAAGGCGCGGUGCCACUACCGCUGCGCGGUCGUCGACGGGAUCGUCUACGCGCUUGAGGACGACGUCUACGUCCAGGCUGCAGAAAACGAAGCUGACUAUAUUGGACGAAUAACAGAACUAUUUGAGGGCACAAACAAAAGCAAGUAUUUUACUUGUCGUUGGUUUUUUCGACCUGAGGAUACCGUCAUAUCGAGAGCGAAAUUUGUUGAUGAUCAUCAGCAUGAUCCAAAACGUGUUUUUCUCUCCGAGGAUAAGAAUGAUAAUGAGCUUGAUUGCCUCAUCUCAAAGGUGAAGAUAGUAUAUGUUGAUCCAAAUAUGGACCCAGAAGCUAAGGCUCAACUUGUGGCUGAUACUGAGCUAUACUACGAUAUGUCGUAUUCUGUUGCCUACUCCACAUUUGCUAAUAUCCCGUCAGAUGUCCAUGAGAAUUCUGGUAUUUCUUCGGAUGCUGAUUCGGGGAGUGGUACACCAGAACGAACAGCAACACUCCUGGAUCUUUAUUCUGGCUGUGGCGGUAUGUCCACAGGGCUGUGCUUGGGUGGAGCGCUUGCUGGCCUGAAACUUGUUACGAAAUGGGCUGUAGACCUGAACAGUUAUGCAUGCAAAAGCCUCAAGUACAAUCAUCCCAGAACAGAGGUUCGGAAUGAGAAGGCUGAGGAUUUCCUUGCCCUUCUUAAGGAAUGGGCAGUUCUUUGUAACAAGUAUGUUCAUAGCCCAGAUUCUGAUGCAACAAGUCCUGUUGAUGAGGAUGAUGAUGAUAAUGAGCCACUGGGAAAAGAUGAAUUUGUAGUCGAAAAGCUACUUGAGAUCUGCUAUGGUGGCAAUGGGAGGAAGAAUGGUAUCUAUUUUAAGGUGCAAUGGAAGGGCUAUGGACCAGAGGAGGAUACUUGGGAGCCCAUCGAAAACCUAAGUGAUUGCCCGUUGAAAAUUAAAGAAUUUGUACAAGAGGGCCACAAGCGCAACAUUUUACCACUGCCUGGUGAUGUGGAUGUCAUAUGUGGCGGUCCACCUUGCCAAGGCAUCAGUGGGUUCAACCGGUUUAGGAAUUACAAUGACCCAUUAAAGGAUGAGAAAAACCAACAAAUGGUUACAUACAUGGACAUCGUCUCCUAUCUGCAGCCAAAGUUUGUGCUUAUGGAGAAUGUUGUGGAUAUUUUGAAGUUUGCCGAUGGUUAUCUUGGCAGAUAUGCAUUGAGCCGCCUGGUUGCGCUGAAUUACCAAGCGCGACUUGGUAUGAUGGUAGCUGGUUGUUAUGGGCUGCCUCAGUUUAGAAUGCGGGUGUUUCUAUGGGGAGCUCUACCUUCUCUGGUGCUGCCAAAGUAUCCUCUCCCUACCCAUGAUGUAGUUGUUCGUGGUGGGGCUCCAAAUGCUUUCUCUCAAAGCAUUGUGGCAUAUGAUGAAACGCAGAAGCCAACAUUGAAGAAAGCUCUGCUUCUUGGUGAUGCAAUUUCAGAUUUGCCAAAGGUAGAGAACUAUCAGCCUCACGAGGUAAUUGAAUAUGGUGCUCAACCCAAGACUGAAUUUCAGUGCUAUAUACGACUUAGUCGUAAAGAUAUGUUGGAUUUUUCAUUUGGUGAUACCACUUGUCCUGAAGAAGGCAAACUCUUAGAUCACCAGCCCUUGAGGCUAAACCAAGAUGACCAUGACCGAGUCUUGCAGAUUCCUGUAAAGAAAGGAGCCAACUUCCGUGACCUGACAGGAGUCAUGGUAGGAGCAAAUAAUAUUGUGGAGUUUGAUCCCAAGAUUAAGCGGGUUUACCUGAAGUCUGGAAAACCAUUGGUACCUGACUAUGCAAUGUCUUUCAUAAAAGGCAGAUCACCGAAGCCAUUUGGUCGGUUGUGGUGGGAUGAGACAGUCCCUACUGUGGUGACGAGAGCAGAGCCCCAUAAUCAAAUCAUACUGCAUCCGAAUCAGGCACGGGUUUUGACUGUUCGUGAGAACGCCAGGCUGCAGGGAUUCCCAGAUUACUAUAGGAUGUAUGGUCCAAUGAAGGAGAAGUACAUUCAAGUUGGCAACGCUGUAGCAGUCCCAGUUGCCCGAGCAUUGGGCUACUCUCUGGGUCGGGCAUACCAGGGUCAGCUGGAGGGAAGUGAUCCACUCUUUGUGCUGCCUGAGAGCUUCACUUAUGUCAGACCGAAUGAGGUAGUUGAGCACUAGAAUAGAGAGCUUUCCCUGCUGCCGGGACUGGUUAUGAGUUGAUGCUGGAAUCAAAAUGCUGCUCCCUGCUAGAAUUGAUUGAUUGAGUAUUGUAGUACUGUCAUUGUGAUGUUCCAAACAUUCGUUGCUGGUUGAACAUUAUCUUUGGUUCCAUAUAAAUGUAGAACCAUUCAUUGAUAGUGUAAUGUUCCAGUGGAAGUCCUGGCUGCUCUUUA